UGCAGAUAGUGCUAGCAACAAGGGAUAACAUUUAAAGUUGCAGACAGCUCAUCCCGGAAAUUCGCAUUUCUUCGCCAAACAGACUGUAAGAGUGUUGCGACGAUGACGUUGAACCCGCUAGCUAAUCCCAAGGGAGUUAAACUCUUGUGUGAGUUAUGCCAGAAGCCGGCAUUUGUACAGUGUACGCAAUGUCGAGUAACCUACUACUGCGGUGUUGAACAUCAACGAGCAGACUGGGAAGGAAUACAUGAAAAGAUAUGUGAAUUAUUAAUCCCGCUGCGAACAAUGACACUGCCAUUCUUACCAUCAGAAGAAGAAAGAAAAAAACGAGAAGAUGAAAAAUUACACAGACAGUUACAUAUGAUAGAACUAACAAGGACUACUGGACAGAAGUUAUUAUUUGAAGGCAAGCAUUCCCAGGCUGUUCCAGCUGCCAUGCAAUCACUAAGGUUUAGUAUAGACGUACAUGGUUUGAACAGUAUUGAGCUAGUGCCUUCAUAUCUUAUUUUAGGAGAGGCUAGCAUUGGUCUUGGUAAACUCUCCCAAGCAGAGGAAUAUUUAGCACAAGCACAGUGGACUGUAUUGAAAACACCUGACUGUGGUGAUGCUAUUAAAUCUAAACUAUACAGAAAUUUAGGAUUGUUGUAUGCUGCGCAGGGAAACUUUGAAGAGUCAUUGAGACAACUAGCUAAUGAUAUCUACUAUGCGUCAGAAACAUAUGGUACUGAUGACAUCCACACAUCUGGAGGUUACUUCCACAUGGCUAAUGUGUUCUUCCGACAAAACAGAAUGGAUGUAGCAGAUUCAUUAUACACAAGAGUCACUAAUAUAUGGCAUGCUCAUUUAUUGAAAAUUGUCAAAAUUCGUACCAAGACGCCCUCAACACCGUCCGGUGUUGGUCCUGCUGCUACUAAACUUAAAGAUGAGGAAGAAGUAUUGGAUGAAGCACAGGAAGCGGAAGCCAAACAAGUAUUGAAUUCAAUUCAUGAUAUCAGAGAGCAGACUCCAGACCAGGAGGCGAUAGUCAUGGCUAAGAUAUGUCAUGCCUUAGCUAUGUUAUAUUAUGUACUCCUUGACACAGAAAAGGCUAAGGAAUAUGCCAAGAAAGCCAAGAGUGCUGUGGAUGCUUCUAAUGAUCCAGAAUCUGAUAUGGCUGUAGAUAUAGUAGAAUUUGUAAGAAUUGCUAACAGACCACCAGUGUCUAGAGAUAGUACAUUCCUGCAUCCAGUAUCUCACUGACAGCAUCUCAAGGUUGUCAGAAGUACAAUUAUACUAGUAUUAUUUUUUUGGUCUUUUGAGAUUCUUUCGUACCACUGGAUCAGAGGCCAUGACUAUUUUGAGAGAAGUGCAUGACAAAAAGUCAUGUUAUCUGAAGGAGCAGUGUCACAUGAAGUUACUUGUAUCUAAACCCCAAUGGGUAAUUCUGUUAAAACAUUAGUUUGUUAUAAAUAACACCUAUCUUUGUAUAUUUUGAUUCUUUGUAAAUAUUUGUGUAUCAUUGUUGAAUGUAUAUUUUAUUAAAUAUGUAAAUAUUCCAUUAGACCAUGUGAAUACAUUUUGUCUUAUCUUUUCAAAUGAAUUCAGCUAAUAUGUUGGGUUCUUUUGUGCAAAAAGCAUAAUCAUAUUACUGCAGACCUGAAAAUGAUCAUAACGCACUUGUAGUUGCUAUCCAAAUUGGCAUAUUUACUUUAAAAUCCUAGCCUUGCUCUCAUUACAAUCUACAAUAAUUAUGGCUGUGAUUUUUAACUCUCUGAUAUCACAAUAAAAUCAACUCAAGCCUUGGUAUG